UUUCUUUAAGUUUAAGGAAGAAGUUUGUUGAAAUACUUUUUAUUUUUUAGAAUUGAGCUGUGUAUCUUUUAUGUCUUUGAGUUUAUUUAUUUUUAUUAAAAAAAAAAAAAUAUGUUAAUAUUUAAAAAACAUUUUUUACGAGAAAUUGUCGAAUCUUAAAACGAUGGAAAAGCUUUCAUGCAGUAGAUCGUUUAUUACCUCAGAUAAAGAGGAAACGAUGAACAACAUGGCACCCGAUGAAAUACUUUUUAGUAGUAAUGACUUUUUAAAAAAUGAUUCUUCUUACUGUGAUAAAUGUAAUUUUACAAAAGUAAAAUCUGUUGUUUUCUGCAAGGAGUGUGGGGAUAUGUUUUUGUGUGGAGAAUGUAAUAAAAAAGUUCAUUCUGGAGCCAAAGUUAAACAUUCAUUUGAAAAUCUUCCAUCCCUUAAAGAACCUUUAAAGUCAGAAAAUAAAAAUGGAAAAGUUUUUGAAUCAAAUUCAUUCAAAAAUGCUGCUAAACUUAAUGUUACAAAUGAAGGCAAUAGCCAGAGUUUUCUUCUUAUUGAUGGCAGUGAAGUUAUAAAGACUACAGAAACUCAUUUCCUGCAAAAUCUUCAAUGUGAAGAUAAUCCUCGUGUAAAAGUUGUUUCUAUUUUUGGUAAUACUGGUGAUGGCAAAUCUCACACCUUAAAUCAUACAUUUUUUAAUGGUGCUGAUGUUUUUGAUACAUCUUCUUCUCAAAAAUCUUGUACAGUUGGUGUGUGGGCUGCAUAUGAUAAAAAUAACAAAGUUUUGAUUCUUGAUACUGAAGGUUUACUUGGAGUAUCUGAAAAUUCAAAUAAGCGGAUGCGACUUUUGUUGAAAGUUUUGGCUGUAUCUGAUGUUGUAAUUUAUAGAACAAGAGCUGAAAGGCUUCAUAGUGAUAUGUUUUUAUUUCUUGGUGAUGCCUCAGAAGCUUAUUUGAAAUAUUUUGCAAGUGACUUAAAAUCUGUAAAGAAGCGAGGAAAAAUGGAUGAUACUCCUCUCUGUAAUUUAGGACCCACAAUAAUUAUUUUUCAAGAGACGCACUACACUUUACCACUUGGUUUUGAUAAUAGUAUUAACUCAUUUUCAAAACAUAACAAUCAAACUCCCGAAGAUAUAUUGAGAGAAAACUUUGCAAAUAUUAAACGAAGUCCAUCUGCAUUCAGCUCAAUUAGUUAUGUUGGUACUAAAACUCAAGCUCAACCAACAAAUUUUUCAACUCUUUUCAAAGAAGUUCAAAAACAUUUAAAUAAUAGUUCAGUGAGGUCACCGAGACCAAUAUCUGUUAUUUACAAUGCAUUGGUGAAACUGAACAAAAAGUUUGGUGAUGAUAUCAAUUGUAUUAUUCCAAAUAGUUUUCCUGAUGAGUAUUUUACAUGUACUUCUGUUUGUCAAUCGUGCAAAUUACGAUGUGAGCUAAGUAUGAAUCAUGAAGAAGAUAAAAUUCCACACCAUACAUCUCAGCGUUGUAUAUAUCAAGCACAGUUUGAAAAUAAAGUUUAUGUCUGCAAGAUAUGUCAUGAAAAAGGGUUGGAUUGUAUGGUUUGUCCUAAAACAACAGAAAAUCAAGAUUCCCCAUUAAUUGGAUUAGCAAAGUAUGCAUGGUCUGGAUAUGUGUUAGAAUGUCCCCAAUGUGGUGUGAUAUACCGAAGCAGACAGUAUUGGUAUGGAAAUCGUGAUCCUGUAGAGAAUUCUGUUCGAACUGAAAUCAAGCAUGUUUGGCCUGGUUCAUGUCUCCCUCAUAAUCAUCAAAAUGCUGCAAGAAGAUUUUUGGAUGGCAUGAAUGUUUUUGCCUCAGCUAUUACUGACAUGAGUGCAAAGCCAGCUAAAGCUGUUACAAAUUGGAUAACUGAUAAAGUUGCUCCUUCAUAUUGGACACCAAACUAUUUAAUUUUAGAAUGCAAAACAUGUGGUCAUGAUUUUGAUGAUAUUGAAAAAAAACACCAUUGCAGAGCAUGUGGUUUUGGUUUUUGUGAUAACUGUACUCAACAUCGGAUUCCAUGUAAAGAUAGAGGCUGGGGUGAGACUCCAGUUCGUGUUUGUGGGCCCUGUUUUCAGAAGUCUGGUUUAGAUGAUCAAGCUAAUGCGAAAGGUGAAAAUAUUGACUUAAGUGAACUGCUUGAAGCAAUUGACGAUGAUCCUAUGUUGGAAACUGGAGAUAUGGUGUCUGUGAAAACCAGCAAUAAUAUUCCUGUCCGGCAUCCUCCUGAUAUUGUUACAACACGAAAAGUUACUGAAACUGUCCAAUCAACUUUAUCAUAUUUGACCAGCACGCUUGAAUUACCACUAGAAUAUAUUGUUGAUUCAGCAAGACCUUACUAUUGGGUACCUGAUUCAGAUAUAAUAGAAUGUUCACUCUGCAAACAACCAUUUACGAAUAAUCAGUCAAAACAUCAUUGUAGAAGUUGCGGGAAAGGAUUUUGUGACGAUUGUUCUAAAAACAGACUUCCUGUACCUAGUCGAGGUUGGAAUUACCCUUGUAGAGUUUGUGAUACAUGUUCAUUAAAAAAGGGCCCACUGUAAAUAUUGUUUAAUUUUAAAGAUUUGAUUUUUAAUACUUUA